GUGAGAAGGGUUUCGAAUGGAGGACAGCUGUGGCAUUGUUCGAGGAGAUGACGUCCCGUGAGAUGGAGCCUGACAGCUUCGCCUACAAUGCCUUGAUUUCUUCUUUGGACCGCUGUGAGCAAUGGGUCCUGGCGCUCGUGUGGUUGGACUUGGCCAAGGCCAGGCAUCAGGCAGACGAGGCGACACUGAAUGCCUCUCUCAAAGCGUUGGCGACGGCUACCCGCUGGGAGCAGCUUCUACAGCUUUUCUGGGAUGAGUCCCAGACGAAGCUGUGGCACAACUUGGACAGCUUUCAAACCGCACUCUUGGCUUGUUAUCGAGCUGGUGCAGCAGAGGCUUGGGGGCUGUGUCUUCAGCUCCUCGACACCAUGUGGGAGCAACAGCUUCAUCCCUCCGCCUCCGAGUAUGCCUGUGUGGCACGUGCAUGUGGUCGAGGCAGCCAGUGGCUGAAAGCCUUACACCUACGAGGUCUUGAGCUUUUGGAGCAGUCGCGUCCAUCGAUGUCUAAUGCCAUGACUUGGGCCUCCGAGGCGCCCCGAGGGGGGGGGGGGAAGACUUGUCCGGCGAGGCGCGUGAGGGUUUUUAGAUCCGAGGCAAUUAAGGCCAGGACCU